AUGGCAACUUCAGAGCAGCUAGCUCCAACCAAAACUCCGGCUCCUGAUGUUGUUGGUCAUGCCUUUGUUGAUCAGUACUAUCAUAUGUUGCAUGAAAGCCCUCAGCUGGUACAUAGGUUUUACCAAGAAGUCAGUAAGCUUGGUCGUCCUGAACCAAAUGGGAUAAUGGGAAUCACUACCACAAUGACUGAAAUUGACAAGAAGAUACUAUCAUUGGGUUACAGUGAACUUAAUGCAGAGAUUGUAUCUGUGGAUGCACAAGAGUCCUAUGGUGGGGGAGUCAUUGUCUUGGUGACUGGGUUUAUGACAGGAAAGGAUGAUAUUAAACAGAAAUUUACUCAAUGUUUCUUCCUUGCUCCUCAAGAGAAAGGCUACUUUGUUUUGAAUGAUGUUUUCAGAUAUGUUGAUGAAAAUGGAAUCAAAGAGUCUGAUCAUGAAAUUGUAUUACCUGCUUCUACUGACAAUGUGUCAGAUCCACCUGUGCUAGAGACACAAGUUCCAGAGCAAAUAUCCGUGACUGUUGAGGGUGUUGCUGGGGAAGAAGUUUACAAUCCUGAAAAUGAGCAAGUGUCGGUUGAAGAAGAGGAAGUUCCUGUUGCUGAGGUUCUUGAUGAAAUUCCCGAUGAUUCACAGAUGGUAUCUGGUUUGGUAUCCCAAAUUGAAGAAGUACCAAAGAAGUCAUAUGCCUCUAUUGUUAAGGUAAUGAAAGAGGGUGCAGUACCAUCCUCUAUAGUGACAGCUGUUUCUGUGAAAUCUGUCCGUAAGAUUCAAGAACAUCAGAGCACCACUGCACCUCCACCAUUCAGCGGGCCAGAAACAAAUGGUUCUAGUAUAAACACUAAUGAAGGUGGAAACAAUCAAGAAACUGAAGCUGAGGGCUAUUCAAUUUAUGUGAAAGGGCUGCCUGGAAAUGCUACACCCGCACUUCUUGAGAACGAGUUCAAAAAGUUUGGCCCUAUUAAAAGUGGAGGUAUCCAAGUUAGGACGCAAAAGGGAUUUUCCUUCGGCUUUGUGGAGUUUGAAGUGUUAAGUGCUGUGUAUAAGGCACUCGAGGUUUCACCAGUUCUGAUCAAUGGCCGUCAAGUUAUUGUCGAGGAAAAGAGAUCAACUAAUCGAGGUUAUAGAGGACGAUUCUCGUCUGGAAGGGCACCUGGAUUCAGGGGUGAGGGAGGAACAAGAGGACGAGGAAACUAUGGAAAUGGCCGAAGUUUUGGUCGUGGAGACUUCAACGGUCGUGCAGACAUUAACGGCCACGGAGACUACAACAGUCGUGGAGACAACGGGCGCGGAGACUUCAACGGACAUGGAGACUUUAAUGGAAGAGGUGAAUAUGGAUAUAGGAAUGGUAACCGGGGAGGAUUUUCAAGCCGUGGAGGUGAUGGGUAUCAGAGAAACGAUCAUAUGGGAACCAAUGGUGGCCGCAUGAAUCGUACUGGCGUGUCUUCUGUUAACUCGGCACCCAAAGCUACUGCUACUCAGCGUGUUCCUGCCUCUGAUUGA